AAAGCCAGUCCAGUAUGAAACGGACAUCCGCUCCUUAGUCCUGGUAUAUCUCAGAACCUUCUUCCUGCUUCCCCCACAUCCCGGCGGCGGCCACGGCUGAUCGGAGAAGGGGGAAGAAUGCCGUGCUGCCACUGGGUGCUCUCCGUGGCCGAGAGCAGCAGCAACAACAAAACACCGUCAUGGCUCCACCGCCUCCACACCAAGGGCGGCCUCUCCUUCCCCUCCCACCUCCAAAUCGAUGACCUCCUCUACGGCCGAAUCCAGCCGCCCCCUCCCUCUCCUCCUCCGCCUGUCCCCCCUCCGCCGCCGCCGUCCGACCGCGACGCCGCCGCCACCAACCCCCAAGACCCGCCCCCUAACCCCAACUCCACCCCCAAGCCACCCCGCAACCCCGCCCCCCCAAACCCUAGCGAUACCAACAACAACCAUUCGCCGCCGCCGCCGUCGCCGCCGCCCUCGCCGCAGCCGCUCUCCGGCGUCAUCUCCGAAAUUUUCGCCGUCCCCUCGGCCCCGCGAUCCAAUCGCUCCCUCAAGCCCUUCCGCAAGCAGUACCGACCCCGCCCUCGCCCCAACGUCAAGUCCGCCAACAAGGACGACAAAGACAAGGCCAAGGCCAGGAAGCGCCGCCGGGCCGAUAGGGAUGCCGGUGCUGAGCACGGGGAGAGGCGCUCCAGGACGGAGGUCACCGUCAUCGACACCAGCACCGACGGGUGGAAGGCCGCCAAGGUGCUCGUCCGCAGGGGCGCCAACUGGAAGAUCAGCGACAGGAAGCACUCCGAGAUCUCAGAAACUGAGGAUCUCAGCAAGGGCAAGAGGAGGGCCGGCCUUGUUGCCAAGGUACUGAGAGAUAAAAAGAAGGGGAAAGGCGCUGCCUUGCCGGGAAACAUUCAUCCUAGUAGUGGAAUUCUGAUUAAGGUACCGGAUGAUGCUGCCAUUGAAGCACCAAAAAGACCAAGAAGCUGCGAACCAGUACCAAUAGCCCAAAGUGCACCUAUUCUUCAGUUACCAAGUUCAAGUACCUGUAGCCAGCCUUGAAGGUGGCUUUAAAACAGAAAUGAAGGCAUGAAGCCAGGAAUCGCAUAGCAACAUAUUUUCAUUACUUUGGGAUUAACAAAUUUAGCAAACUCAUUAAGUUUGUGUUAUCCUCUUCAUCUGUUGAUGUCUUCAUUGGUCCCUACUAGAUAUAAUGAUUCGCAUCAUUCAUGGUAUCUUAAGUUGGAACCUGCAAUAAUUUCAUGUUCGAAGAUGAACUUUUGCAACUUCGUCUACAUACCGGUGCUAGCUAAUGUGGCAUUAGGUAUGGGUUUGAUCUAUUUUAAUGGAUGGAGUAGAUGAUGUUUAUACCGUUAGCUCAGUUAUUGACUUAUUGUACAAGUUCAGUUGCUACUAUCGGCAAACUGUUGCCUGUAAGUUAUAAAGAAUUGACUGGGGGCAAAAUGUUGUUACUUCUGGUGCGAGUUUA